GGAGGCAGGGAGGAGUGGGGGGUUGGCACGGCCGAGGCGCGUGCAGAGUAACUCCAGAGCGAGGGUGGUCAGAGUAUUUCCAGAGAGGAAAAGGAUCAUAGUGGUCUAGCAUCUGGAGACAAUUGCUGCGGCAGAGGGUAUUCUAUGCUGCCAGCUCAUCGCUCUCGACUAUACCUACUGGGUGCUGCUGCUACGGCGAGUAAUACUGCCACACCAGCAGCAGCGUCGCAGACUCUCCUCCCCCCCAUCCUGUAGGUGUUGUUCUACGCUACCACGAAUCCCCAUGAAUCAUCAUCUUCGUCUCCGAAGCUGCAAAUCCCUGGCAGCUCUUGUACCCACCACGCCCUGCCUGCUACUCUAAGCGCUCCGUGGUGAUCACUGCCAUCAUUCAGCCCGUCUGGCUUCGUCGUCCCCCACUCCACCCCUCCUCCCUCCAUUCUUUUAGUCAUCUGCUCUCCUUUUCUUCAGUUUUUCUUCCCUUUCUCUCUCCCGGUCGACUCUAAUUUCCUCUCUUUGUAUUUUGUGAUUUUGUAUUUUGUGUAAUUUUUUCGUGGCAUUCAGUCCGAUUGUCUUCCGCUCUGCUCUCCUCUGUGUUCCAAUUCUCCUGCUUCAAAGCUAUAAUGUGACAAGGACACUUUUUAACCUUUUUUUCGAGACCUUCCAACGCUUUCCACACCUUUUGAUUCUCAAGGAUAGACCUGCGGAACCUGACCAAAUUCAAGCCUAGGAUAUAGACCUAACUGCCGAGUUGUUUCACUAGAGACUGUAUAUUUCUCUCCUCGUUCGUGACGCCCUGUAUUCCCAAUCACCUCUACUCGGAUUCAUCUCUUGUCUAGUUCGUAUAUCCUCUGCUUUUCCUCGUGUGUGAGAUCUUGGAGCUAGCUAAUCAGUAACUGGUGGGGAAGUUGUGUGCUGUGUCGACGUUUCACUUGGGGGUUGCUGUGUGUUUGUGUUUGAGACGUGGUGUUGAUGUGCGAUAGUGGUCGGUUAGGUGCGUGUGUUGAUGAGCGUCAGAGUGCACGGUGAUCUGUGUCUACUCUGUGUGUGAACAGGUCCCGCUAGUGAGAGGUAGGUGCGGGAGUUCUUUGAGCAGGUGAUUGCGACGUAGACGUGUGAAAGUCUUCCUAGCUGCGGCAGUGCUUCCAGCUGUUCUGAGAUUGUAGAAUGCGGGGUUAGUUUCAGCGUCGAUCUCUUGUGGUCUUGAGUUUUCACUUCGGCAUGUUUCAUUCGAUUGGUAUCUUUCAAUCGACACUGUCAACAAGCACCACCGCACGUGAAAGUUACAAGUCCGCCUCUGGACUUUGUGAUAUUGUAGCAGUGAAGUACUAGUACCUCCAAUAGUGUGGAUUGGUGUCAGGGAUCGCUGUGCAAGGUUUUGUGCUGGAAUAAUCGUGUAGUUCGUUUUCAUUCACUACCAAUACUGCUACUCCCACAUUGCGACUCCAACGUGCAAUUGUGCCUUGGAUUGAGAUUUUUGAGAUAUGCUUGAGCAAUGCAGCUAGUUCCUAUUGUUCUCAACGUCGUAGCGAUGGCGCAGCUAUCAUGAAGUAAGUUAACAAUCGACAGUCGGAAGUUCGCCGAGAAACUGAAGUGAUAUCAAGGUGCUUGCUGGACUAAGAAAAUCAAGAUGGGGAGAGCAGGGCGCGCAGCCCCUCGCACUUGCUCAACGCUGGAGCUGCGAACUCACGCGUUUCCUCUGACGGUUUCAGUUCCAGCUGCUACCUCCAAACAGGUGCUGUCCAGCCCAGCUUCACCAGGCACCCCGAUUCAGAAUGUGCCAGCUAGCGUGCGAGCUGUUCGUCUGGCAUGGCCGGAGGAUGCUCUUCAGGCAGUGCAGCGACAUGUCGUUGCGAUUCGGUUACAAUCCAUUGAAGUAAGUGAACCUUCGUCCCGGAAACGCAGCUACGAUUGUUCCGAGGUGCAGGAGGCUCCUGAGACGUCACAGAACGAAGAUGCUUGCGGAUUGGAGGUGGCGCUACAAUCGAAGCCAGCUUUACCUGAGGACUGGGAGCAGUUUCUGGAUUUAAAGACGGGGCAAUUCUACUAUUUCAACUGGAGCUCAUGUAAAAAGGCUAGGCGUGAUCCCAGGAAGCUCAUCUGCGAAGCUAACAACACUGUUCGAGAGCACAUGCGGGAAGCGCACAUUCGCGGAGAAUCAUCUCUUGAACAAACUGACACCACUUCAUCGCAGAAUGAGGAGAGUGAUGAAAAUGAGGUGAAUGGCGAUGAACCUGGAAGUUGUCCACCUGAUGUAUGUGAACGAACUAGUGAGGUGUGCUCUGUUGCACCUGCGAGGUGUGCAGUCGAAGAGCUUGGCGAUGGCGACUCACUGUUUGGGAGCAACAGAGAGGAGCAUGCAGCAAAUUCUUACGGGAAAAUGAGCAAAAGUCAGCAAACAGUCAUGGUGGUAUCUGGAUGUCAAAGCUGCUCGAUGUUUGUGAUGCUGUGUUUAUCAUCACCAGCAUGUCCAAGCUGCGGAGUUCUCGUGCCUUCAGAGCAUUGUGAAAUCCGCUAAAGGCGAUGAUCUGUGAAGGUCUGUCGGAAGCUUUGCUUAUAGUCAUUGUCAGGAAAAAGACAAUGACAAUGACUCUAAGCAAUGUAUAUGUAAACAGCAUCGGAAGGAAAUGUUUCAUGAGGCGGUUACUGUCGUGGUCUGACCCGAGUGCUCUUGUUCUACACCUCCAACCACCCGCAGUAUCUUAGACUGUGUUCGAGCGCUUCAAGGUUAAAUCACGUUGCUUACACUCAUUGUCAGGAAAAGCCAAUGACAAUGACUUUAAGCAGUUUGCCACUGCUCGUAGAGCGGUGGAGUUUAAACGUAGCACGCCUCAUAAGCGAAGUCUUUCGAUCAGCAGUUCGGUGCGUCUCUUUGCUAGGCAGAUGGGAUGGGCCGAGGAACCUCUACGAUGGCGAUACCUUGCAACCAGAGGUAUUCAUGUACAUUAGAGAACUCUCAGGUGACUUGGUCAUCUUGAAGUUCAUGGAUUUCUUUUACUGUGCAUAAGGAAAAUGGACCCCUCGUCUAUUUUUUCUCA